UCUCGUGUUACAAUAAUGACGCGUGUACCAUUGAGAUUAUUUCAAUAUUGACUCAAAUUGAUUUCGUUGUUGAACAUUGGGGACUUCAAAAGUCCCGAAGGCCCUUAUCUGGAGUUCUUAUUUGAUAAGGUUGCACCGUAACCUUCCAAUUAAAGUCGCAUGACACUUUGGGAAACGUAAGCAUAUUCACCUGCCACUUGCAACCAAAAGGUGUUCGGAACAAAAUUUCAUUCUUGGGAUUAUCGCAUGGUUACUGGUGGUCUAAGGAAGCAAAACUUAUAUUUCAGGUCGUUUAAGAUUUGAAGCAAUUUCGAAGAAAAAAGAACUUAUCAAGUAAAGCUGUCUCCUGAUUAAAAAGUAUCCUUGCACGAUUUUUUAAGAAGAUUCCAUCAUCUAAGAAAACUGCUGUUGUGAUUUCUGGUUCUGGAUUGUGCAGGAAGUUGAAAAUCAAAAGUAUCCAUCUCGUUGGUUUCUGAAAUUAUUCUGAACCGGCAAUCAAGUACCGAAGGAUUAGAGUUACUUGUGAUUGAUUUUCUGGAAUUGUAUUGAAGUAUUUGAAGAUCUAGAAGCAUGGUUUACAGCGAAGGUCCCGAUCGUGGUCAUGCUUGGGUUAUUGCAUGCGCAGCCUGUGUCAUUACUAUGAUACUUUCUGGAAUUUCAAAAAUGGUUGGAAUACUGUAUGUUGCUGUCAUUGAAACGUAUGGAGUAACUAGAAGAGAAGCUACAUUACCUUUCACCUUCAGGAAAUCAUUGCGAUGCUUAGCCGGACCGAUAGUUGGGAUAGUCGGCCAGAGAUAUGGCAUUCGAGCUGUCACACUGGGGGGAGCAUUCGGAGCUUCCCUGGGUGCAUUCCUGGCUUUCUUUGCCCCCAAUGUUACGUGGCUGGCUGUCUGUUGGGGUGGAAUUCACGGUCUGGGUGAAGCAUUUGCUAACACGCUCUUCCAAGUUGUUGUCAAUCAAUAUUUCGAGAAAUAUCGCUCCACAGCAUCUGGUAUUGCACUAUCCGGAGCAUGCAUGGGUUCUGUGAUCUUUUCUUUCUUAAUUGAAGCUUUGAGAGAAGCUUAUGGACUUCAGGGAACAUUCCUCGUUCUUUCUGCAGUCAUCCUACAUGUUCUACCAGCAGCCAUUUUGCUGAGGUCUCCCAGCUGGGUCAGAAAUGGCACUCCUAAGCCUACAACAGAACUGACAGAACUCAACAGAAGCUUCAAGAAACAGCCUCCUAUGUAUGUCAUCACGAAUGAUUAUGUGAAAUCGAAUGCCGAAAAGAGAAAGAGUGUUGUCUCCCUCAAUCCCCGAUUACUGGAAAAGAACGAAAUUAUGAAUGCCAUUCCCACGAAAGCCCAUUCCACCACUAAUCUGGUAGAAUCCUUGGAAAAGAAGUUGGAAGGAGAGCGUGGAUACGAUAACCUUGCUUUCGCCAAUGAGAAACAAAACAAUACCGAUAAACCUCCUUUGGAAAAAAGACUGAGCAUUCAGAACAUCUUUGCUACUUCUAAAGAAAGUCUGUAUGAAAAAAUGCCCAACAACAAUGAAGAGUCCUUGAAGAAACCUGCCCUUAUAUCUACAUCUGUAGAGCAGUCUUCUGAUGCCAAGGACGAGAAGAGUUUCUCCACAAGUAUCAAAACUAUGCUGCGGCUCUACACCAACCCAAUCUUUCUGUUGGUCUGCGUGUGCAUGGCAACCUAUGUCUUCACUUUCAUUCCAAUCAUGACCAGCAUGGUAGAUUACAGCAAGGACAAAGGUCUCCCAGAAACUGUUGGAAAAUACUUGAUCCACGCCAUGGCUGUUGGAGACAUUAUUGGCCGUCUCUGCUUCGGAUGGGUGACUGACAAGGAAUACAUUUCAAUCCCCCGUUACAUGACUCUGACUCUGUUGCUUCAAGGAAUUUUCAUCAUAUUGUUACCCUUCGCCUUCAACUUGGCCUCUUUCUUAGCUCUGCUGGCCUUCUACUCCAUGACUGCUGGAAGUAUGCUGGUCCGAAUGCCCGUAAUCGUUCUGAAACACGUCAAAAAAGAAGAACAUUCGGUGGCAAUGGGAUGUUACGGUUUUGCCUCAGGGCUGGUUCCUCUGGGAGUACCAUCGCUUAUUGGUCACUUUAGAGACAAUUUCGGUUCCUAUGAUGGCAUGUAUUAUCUACUGGGAAGUCUUUCUAUAGUUUCUGGAGUUUUCUGGUUAUUUGAGCCACUCUUGGCCAGACUGAACCAACGCAUUGAGGCCAGAAGAGAAAACGAAAUCAAAGUGUAAUUCUAAAGUCGUCCAAGAAAAAAUUCAACUCAUCUCUAAUCGUUAAAAUCGUUAACUCCUCGGUCUUCAGAAUUAUUUCAACUUUCUGAUUCUUCAAAAAGAAGAAAUUUUUAAUCAAAGGCGACUUUGAAAAAGAAUUUUUCAACGAACUGUUCUGAUGACCGUGGAAUACAAAUGCUAUAGUUCCAUUUUAACAUCGAAUAGGAACUUUUCUGCUUACAUCAGAGUGACGUCAAUGUGAAAUUCUUCAACAAGAAGAAAAAUAAAUGAAAAGCUAUUUUGAAGAACAUUUAUUAUCAAUUGUCCUAAUAAGAUGAGAUAUAAAUGUUGCAGUUCCAUUUCAACAUCACAUUGGAACUUAUAUGCAUAUUCAAAAGACCCUUGAAUUACCAUGAACUGGUAAAUCAUUUUUAAGACCAAGUAAAGUCAGUUAAAUAAAAUCAAAGUGAUUUUAAAGAAAUAACUGGAUGAAAUCCAGUUUCACGAACUGGAAAUGAUGAGUUUAGAAAUAAAUGAUGCUUGAUUUUCUUAUCAACCAAUAUAUGUGAGGUUAAAUGUUGUCAAAUAGGCAAGGUCAAGCGAGGUCAACUAUUGUCAAUCAGACAGAAUAGAGUGGUAGACAGUUUUGAAGAUCACAAAUAAAUCCGCAUUUAAAUCUGAGAAUUUCCAACAUUUCUCCAAGGCCAUUGUAUUUUCUUCAACAGAUCGAGAGAAGGAUGUGAAAAAAAAAAAAAAAAAAGAUUUUUUGAAAGCGUUAAGAAUAACGGAAAUUUAGAAGGAAGAGAUGUAAAAUGAAGAUCAAGUUGAAUGAUAAAGAAGAUGAAAGAAAGUAACUGACAUGAAAAAUCUUCUCGGAAUCAAAUAUGUUGAAUUGAAAUGUUUGUGAAUCAUUGUUUUUAAAUGAUAUAGUGAAAUGCUAACAAGCGUAGUUCAAUUAAUUAGGGUAGAACUUUUUCAAUUUCAUUUUUUUUUUCAAUUAUCUACUUACACAAGUGAUAAACGUUUUCUAUUUUUUAUAAAGAAUUUGUACAUGUGUAGUUAUUUUGUCAUUUUGUACAUAUUUUGUUAUGUACAUAUUUUCUUUCUAUCCUUCACGAUUUCACACUAUAUAUCUUAUUUUUUUAAUAAUGAAAAAAAUUCAUGUAAAUAUUAGGUUUUUUCGAAUUUAU